AAUGUUCCCUGCUUUUCUACAGGGUUAUAGUAACCUUGUGUAGCGCUGUUGUCUUUCAAGUAACCGAAUGUCUGGUUUUAAGAUGUUCCUUUAUUUUUCUUCUUUUUAAAACGGUUAAGUAACAAUUUAAUAACUGACAAUAUAUGUCACAGUGGUCCUGUCUGUCUAGCCCCAUAAAAUAAAAUAAAACAACAUUUUUUUUACUGAAAGUAGCAUUAAUUCUGUGGAGAAUCGAUGUGUUUAUUUUUGCUUCCAUUUUGAUUAUCAUAACAUGGCAUAUUGAAAGGACUGCUGCAGUUCAUGUCGUGUAUCUACGUUGCAGCACUACUUUACUGACCACUCUUUGAUUUGUAAGGCCAAUAUGUCAUCCAUAACAGAAAAAUGUGGACACAUCAAAGCUCUAACGUCACCGUAUCAGAGUUCUGAUAUCAAGCGAACUUCAGUCCCAGAAGACAAAAUUUCUUGGUCAGUUCCAUGGCCAGAUUAUAGCCCAGUAGAGUACACAGCACCAUCUGUUCUCAAAGGACCUGUGUGGGCAGACCCACCUAUUGGCUCCUCUGAUUUCACACCCAGAUAUAAUGAGAGAGAUGGAAAAGUUGAACGUCGAAGUCAUAAUGGCAAGUACGAUGUAGUUGAUGGAUAUCCAAGGAAUCCUAUUGGGCGCACUGGAUUGAAAGGCAGAGGACUUCUGGGCAGGUGGGGCCCCAACCAUGCUGCUGACCCCAUUGUUACAAGGUGGAAGCGAGACAGAAGUGGAAAGAUUAUUAUUCACCCAGAGUCCGAGAAACCCAUUUUACAGUUUAUCUCAAUUAAAAGGCUUGAUUGUGGAGAGUGGGCUGUCCCAGGGGGAAUGGUGGAUCCAGGAGAAAAGUUAUCUGUUACACUGAAGCGGGAGUUUGGAGAAGAAGCACUAAACCUCCUGCAAAAGUCUGAGUCUGAGAAGAAAAAGCUACAGGAUAAACUUCAGAAAAUCUUCGAAAAAGAAAACUUUGUGGUGUACAAAGGUUAUGUCGAUGAUCCUCGAAACACAGAUAAUGCCUGGAUGGAGACUGUAGCUGUUAACUACCAUGACGAAACUGGCGAAACUCUAGAUCACUUAACAUUGGAAGCAGGCGAUGAUGCUGGCAAGGUGAAGUGGGUUGACGUGAGCGACACUCUAAAAAUGUAUGCUAGUCAUGUGGAUUUUCUCAAGCUGGUAGCAGAGAAACGUAAUGCACUUUGGAGUGAAAAGAAUCCAUCGGGUGUAAAGAGUGGUCAAAAACACUAACUUGCAAAAAGACCUGGAACCACAAACUACCACAACAACCCUUAAGCAAGAAAUUUCAAUACCACAGAAUUGGAGAUCAGUGGACAGACCAGUCUGCAAAUGAUGAAGUGCUUUUAAUGUUAAUCACUAAGUAAUGGAAGGCCAUUUUAAAAAAAAUUCUUUGGGUUAUAUUGCUAUUUUUCUUUUACAGCAUCCUGUUGCAUAUAAGGUUUUAAUUAUGUGUCCCAGUGCUCUGGUAUAUAGUUUUUAAUGUUUGCAGAGGCUAUGACUUUAAAUCUUAGUAUACUAAUGAGGUUAGACAUUGAAAUCUAAAAUGUUCAGAAAACCAAAACCUAGUCAACAUAAGCUGUGUUCUGUGUUGAUGUUCAUGCUACAGGCUAAGAUUGUAAUACUUGGGUGUUUGUAAGGAUCAUUGAUGUUAAUCCUUUGUUACUUCAUGCCUAAGGAGACAUUUUUGGUUGCCUGAUGUUGUGGAAUGUGAGGUUGUCAUCUCUAUUUUGUCUCCUGUACAAGUUUGGGUUCUUAAUUGGUGCCUUCCUCCAUCCCAGAUAUUAGUACACACAUUAUACGUAUUUUCCUAUGCUCAGAACUGCUCUGCAAAGGGUACCUUUAGAGUUCAGUCCCCUGGCUCUGUGUAGAAGCAGCCGUACUCUUACUGAGUACUAACGGGUAUGCUGUGAUGCAGUCUUGGGAGAGGAGACAGUCCAGCUGCCCAACUUUUCAUUUCCCAAUUACCACUCCUUAUUUUUUCAGGUAUUUGAGUGAACGUUUGCAACAUUUUUGUACUUGUUUUUAUAGUUUUUAAUGAAACAGAACAGCAUUGUCCACCAGUGCCAGAAUCCUUAGUGGUACUGGCUGAAGUUAACAAAAUAGAUUUUAGUAACAGACGUGGACCUUUUCACCCUACAAAGUCUGCCCAUUCUCUAGCUAGUGGAUAAGCUGUACAACGCACUUAACCAGCAGCUUAUUUUUUUCUGCAUUUGCCUUAAAUUAUCAGUACACUUUAUGUGACUAGUAUGUUUUGGUUUGGAUUUUCAGUUAAUACUCCUUUUAGGCAUUAUAUUAUCUCCAUGUUUGUAAUUUUUUUAAUUGCAUUUGAACAAUUAACAAUUUUUGUAGGAAUAUUCUUUGAUUCACCUUUUUUUAACAGAAGACCUGGUAUCUUUUUAAUGAUUCAUGUAUAUUUAAUAAUUAUUUUAACAGCACCAGUUUAUUUCUGGGAAAGCUGGUAUAUUUAUGAUAACUCUUAUCUUUGCUAUGUGUAGAAUCUGAGGAGGGAAAUGUUUGCAGCGGUCUAAGGUUUGAGAGUAGGUUAUCUAAGCUUGUGCAUGUUUGCUGCUAUCGUCUCAGCAGCUGAGAUAAUUUUCAUACCCCUCUCCCAUCUGGAUUUUUCACAGGCAUUGGUGAAAACUGGAUUUUUCACAGGCAUUGUUGAAAUGCAGGCAUAUUGCUUCUUCUCUCCCUCUGUUUUCAGACUUGUUUUACCUGGGGUUACACAAAGAUAAUAGACCCCUAGCAGCCUUGCAAGCUAACCAUUGCUACAGAGCAGGGUUCCCUUUUGGGGAAUUUAAACCUAACACUAAAUCCACAAGGAGUGCUUGAUUUCUGCAACCUGGUCAUGAACGACAGGUUUAUAGUAAAAGAACGUGUCUGAGUUUUAAACUUUUCAUUGUCAUGAAUUUGUGAUUAAGGUAUUGUGGUGUCUUAUUAAAAAGUCUGGAAGACUACAUCAGGAUAUUCCAUUUUACUGCAGUAGUCAUACCUCCAAAGUGCAGUAGCACCUAUGUUUGAUGCCUUAAUUUGCAUUAAAUGCAGGUAUGCUUUAGUACCUGUUUUUUUUUUUUAAUUCUAACUGCUGUCGGCAUCUCUGUGAUGUGCAGUAGUUGCAUUUUAAUACAGGCUUUUAAUUGCACUCUGCAUUUAAUACCAGAAAGAAAUCUGGUUUGUAACUUUUAGUAGCAGUUGAGAUAUUGUAUGAAGAACACAUAACUUAUAAAUUACUUAAAAUUCUCAUUAGUAUUCAUUUGAAACCAAAAUGCUUUUAUAAUCCUCACUUUGAAUAUAUUUUGUUGCUUUUUGCUUAGAUUCCAUGUGUUCUGGUUAUCAGUUUAUAAAGUAUGCACAUUGUAGUUAGAAAUUGGCACUUUGGAGAUUAAAAUUUUGAAACGGGUAUACAUAUUUAAAUAACAAAUUACUCAAAAAUGCCUAAUUGAAAAUACUGCAAAACAGAAUAGAACUGCUAGUCUUGAAUACAGUAAUACUUGAUGCUUAUCAUACAUCCCAAGUUUGUUUUUGAACAGAACACUGUUUAUAUUUUAUUCUAAGUGAAAUAAAAAGCACCUAGUAUCUGUGUAAUUUGAUCUUUUUAUUCUGACAAAUUCAUUCCUUCUCUAAAUUUUUGGUGAGACUUCAUGUCAUUGCAAUAGUGAAUAUAUCCUUUCCUUCAAGGUGCAGGGACCUCAGAAUUGCCAGGCUGUGAUACUUUGCUAGGCACAGAUCCCUACAUUGGGGGUAUGGGAGAGUGGGGCUUCUCUCUCUUUUUUUUUUGUUUUGUUUUGUUUCUUUUUCUCUUUGUGUUUUAAUAUUUGGAUAUGUUCCUUCAUAUGAGCAUUGCAUUUGACUAAUUUCUGCUUGUUGCUUUUCACACAUUUUCCAUUACUGUUUUAUAAAUGCCCAGUCGUUCUCUUUUCUUCAGUCAUUUAUUAAAACAUUACAGUGAGCCAAAAAGUUCAGAUUACAUUAUAACAGAGAGCACUGAAUUAACUAAGUUUACCAAAAAUGGUACUCCCUGAACUGAACUGACAUGCAUAACCAGUUUUAUAGUAGUAAAUAACAAUGUAUGUCCUUCUAUUCAUAUGCUGCUGCAUCCAUAACAUAAGGGAGUCUGCCUCUGGCUGACUCGUACAUCUGGCCAUUUUACAAAAGAUAGUUGCUACUGUGAAGGUACGUGUGACGGCCUGCAUCUCUCAGCAUACGUCUGGUAUAAAGCGGAAGUCAGCACGCACCUACCUUAGAACUUUUCUGCCACCUGUGUGACUGUUAGCUCCAGUCGUUGCUCACUUGGUGCUUGUCCGUAUUCAGAUAAGUACCCCAAAGUGGUUUUUGGUUAUCUUUUGCUACUGUAUUUUGGGUUCAUGUCAGGUAGAAAGGGCAAGUGUCGGUGUGGAAGGCAGAUUCCACAUAAAGACUUGCACAAGCUCUGCCUGUUCUGUCUAGGCCAGGACCACGACCACACCACUUGUGAAAUCUGUAUGGCUUUUAUUCCCAAAACACUCAGGAGUCAUCUUGCCACAUUAAAAAUGUAUCUAGAGAAUCAGCACUUGAAACGCUUAACCAAAGACAUGGACCUGACAUCGGGAACCUGGGAAGAAAUUUCGGCCUUAUCCUACUGCUGCACUUUCUAUUCCGACUGUACUUCUCAAGGCCAGUGAAGGCCCGGAGUCUGAGUUGGAAUCUGCGGACCCUCCACUGGUGGGUACCCAGGAGAAAGCCAUCAAAAAUGCCGCUUGCACAUCUCAGAGGGAGUCGCAGACGUCCAGCUCGGGUGAUUGGGGGGGGGGUCUAGGCUUUUAAUUUCCGAGGGCCCAUGUGAGGUUUCCCAAAGCAUCCACAAAGAUGUUAUCUCUGAUGUGGUGCAGUGCCACCCAGCAUCCGUCCCUCCUUCCCAGCAUUGCAUCACAGACACAUCUAUGUCAGAUGCCCCCAAAAAGAAGAAGCUAAAAUCAAUACAUAUUGCUCCUUUUCAGCCAGCCAUACUGUCUGACUGGCAGGUGUUUACUCAGGACCUACUUAAUGCCUUCCUUGCAUUACACCAGGCCUCUGCCCCUGGCCAGGCUCCUUCAGUUUCUACUCCUAAGGGCAAACUAAUUCUUCAGGAGAUGAAUCCCUAACUUAUACAUCCUAAAUUGCCUCCCCUCUGGGGAAGAGUCAAAUGGAGCGGAUUCCCCAGGGGAAGACAUUACCUUUGGGGAAACUAUAGUGCAAAUGAAGGAUUUUUUAAGUGAGACUGCAGUUAGGUUACUGAGACUCAAAAGAGGUAUUAUGACCUCUUAAAAAUGGAGUCUCCUAAUCUGUUUGCAGUUCCUCCUGUGCAUCCUGCCUUUUUAGAUGCCUUCCUGGCUGCUUGUAAAGCCCCAGAUUCACAACCCCCUGCACCUAAGCACCCAGACAGAUUUUAUAAUGUCCCUGAAGAUGCUGAUUUUCUCUUCAAGGCCCCUUCUGCAGACCCUUCCACAAUUUCUGUGUCUGCAGAUAAAAUUUCCAAACUUCUCCUCCACUUCUCUCCCUCCCAUGGAUAAGGAGAGCAGAUUAAUGGAAAGACUGGGCAGAAAAGUAUAUAUCUCUGCCACUUUUGCAGUGAGAGGUAUAAACUACCAAACUCAUGUGGCCAAGUACUCUAUGGCCCUUCUUUCUGAUGCUGUUACGCAAUUGCGUGACCUCCCUGAUUCCCCUGUUAAGGCCAAAGUCUCUAGUCUGUUAAAUUUCUGCAGUCAAGUAACUAAACACUCUAUUAAGUGUAGUUAUGAUGCAGUGGAGGGUUCAUCAAGGGCUGCAGCCUCAGGUUCUGUCAUCAGGACAUAUUCCUGGUUUAGGCUACAGCCUCUCCCUGAUGACAUUAAGUCAGAACUCAUGGACGCUGCCUUGGCCAACAAAGCUUUGUUUGGUUCAGCAGCAGCUGAACUCUUUAAGGCCCUUCAGGUGAAGGGGAAAGAGCUCCAGGACCUCAGACACAUAUUUGUCUCCCCGGUUCUCUGCUUCCAGAGGAACCAUCCAGCUAAAACUACAUUUAUGAGAAGGCCUCCAAGACAAAUGCUACUCAAAGGGAAAACAGAUUCCAUGAAGCAGGCCCCCUCUAGGUCUUCUUCCUCUGCCCCAAUUUAAAAACAGCCUUUUCUGGCCAAGCCUGGUAGUCUGUGACCACCAGCCCUUAAGUCCAGAUAUCCCCCUCUCCAUGCGUCUCUCCCUGUCCUUCUCUACUUGGAAACAGGAUACCCAGGACUCUUGGUUCCUCUCCAUAAUAAAACUGGGAUAUUUCAUGGUGUGGAAGACCAGACCCACCUUUAGAGCCAUUUCUCAACCCCCUCGAGACCAAAUGGCUUCCUUUCCCCCAGUUCUGCAGACCCUCCUCUCUCAAGGCACAAUUCAAGAGGUACCUCCACAAUUAAGAGGGAAAGGCUUCUAAUCCAUGAUGUUCCUGGUGUCCCAGGAAAGAAGGUCCCUGGAGACCAAUCUUGGAUUUGUCCCAUCUAAACAUAUUUCUCCAGGUCCCCUCCUUUCGGAUGCUAACUCUUCCUACUCUCCUUCCCCGAUCUUCCCUCAGGCCUUCAUGGUGUCCUUAGAUGUCAAGGAUGCCUACUUGCAUAUUCCUAUCCAUCCUCUUUUUCAGGAAAUUCCUUCGUUUCUCAGUGGGUUCUCUGCAUUUUCAGUUAUGUGCUUUGCCAUUUGGUCUCUCUAUGGCCCUAAGAGUUUCACAAAGUGCCUAGCCCUAGUCAUUGCCUUUGCCAUAAUGCAGGGGAUACAACCUUUCCCCUAUUUGGAUGAUAUCCUCAUCCAGGCCCCAUCCCCUCAGUUUGUCCAACAACAUCUAGACUUCACCAUCUCCUUCUUGAGAGGCCUGGGGUUCACCAUAAACCUUCACAAGUCCUCCCUGACACCCUCUCAGGAUCAUGUGUUCUAAGGAUCCAGGAUCUUAACAGGACAAAUGAUGGCUUGUCUCUCUCCAGACAAGAGUCUGUCCCUCACAUCUGUUUCCAGGAGAUACUCCCUCUCCAAGCCCUUUUAGCCAGGGUGUUUCUGAGGCUCUUGGGAUUCAUAGCCUCCACCAUCCCCAUUGUACCCUUAGCAGGGCUAUGCAUGAGGAAAGUCCAGUAGUACUUAAGGACAGUCUGGAAACCGCACCUGCACCCUCUGGAGUUCAUGGUACCCCUGCUUCCAUGCCUUUCCAGUGAACUAAAUUGGUUGAUUUCCCAGAUCUCUGCCAACCCAGGCCUUCCCCUACAACCCCUGCCCCCAACCAGGAUCUGUACACAGAUGCUUCAGACACAUGUUGUUGAGCAACCUUAGGAGAAAGGGGAGUGAGAGACACUUGGACCCUGGACCAACAGAGGGAGCAGAUCCAUAUCAGGGAGAUGAGAGCCUUGAUACUGGCCCUCCAAAUCUUCAAGGAUCGAAUUUUUGUAGGGGUGCUGAGGUGGUACAAAGACAAUACCACUGUGUUGUGGUACAUCAACAAACAGGGGGGCAAAGUCCUACCUGCUGUGCAGAUUGGCUCUACAGGCAUGAGAAAUCACCCAACAGAGACAAGUAAACCUUCUAGCCAUCUACAUACCUUCUGCAGAAAAUGCGAUGGCAGAUGUUCUAAGCAGGACCAUGAAUCAAUCUCAUGAAUGGAUGCUAAACAGGGAUGUGUUCCUGGAUCUGGUCCACCGAUGGGCUAUACCUCAGGUAGACCUUUUUGCCUCCCCCAUCAACAGACAACUACCAACCUUCUGCACCAGGAUGCCCUGUCCUGGAGCAUGAAGGGUGGAUGCUCUUUCCUUCCCAUGGAAGGGGAUAUUCGCUUAUGCAUUCCCCCUUCCCACUCUUACAAAAGGUUCUGCUGAAGAUUCAGAGAACAAUCUCAAAUCUUGUUGGUGACCCCCCUUUUGGCCAAGGCAGUAUUGGUUCCCCCUAUUACAUCAUCUAGCCAAGGACAGUCACCACAAGUUACCCCACCAGAUGGACCUGCUCACACAGGAGAAGGGAGCUCUCUAACACCCCCAAAUAUCCACCCUGAACCAUACAUUUUGGGUAAUAGGGGGUUGAUUCCCUUCAGACACCUUUACACCAAGGACAUGCUUCAGAUUCUGCAGGAGACCAGAAAACCCACUACCAGAAAAUCCUAUCUAUCCAAGUGGAAAAGGUUUUCUGUUUUGUGUCUAAAACAAAAUAUCCAACCACUGAUGGUGUAGAACCUCCAGUGGUUUUGUCUUACCUGUGUGAACUCAUUAACUCUGGAUUGUCUAUUAAGGCACACCUAUCUACCAUCUCCGCAUGUGUACCUCUUGCCCCACCCCCCAGCUUCCAGACUGGAAGUUAAGCUAUUUUUGAAGUGGGUACUACACCUUAGAACUUCAAGGAAACCCAUUCCCCAUUGGGAUCUAAAUUUUGUAUUGGAAAAAUUAACCUUACCGCCCUUUGAGCCAACCAAGGACUAUUCUCUCCACCACUGCACAUGGAAAACUGUCCUCUUGGUGGCAGUUACUUUAGCCAGAUGAGUCUCCGAACUGCAAACCCUCAUGCUUCUACAGUUUUCCACAAGGACAGGGUUUGUUUACGUUCUAACUCAUCCUUCAUGCCCAAAGUUGUUAAUGAACUUUCCCCUGAAUCAGGUCAUCAAUCUUCCUACCUUCUUCCCUUCACCUCAAACCUCUGCUGAAAAGAUCCUUCACUCCUUGGAUGUACAUAGACAACUCAGAUACUGUUUGGCCAAGACUAAAUCCAUCCGUAAUUCUGACAGGCUCUUUGUCUCCUAUCACCCAAGAUCCCUGGGAUACCCUGUGUCCAAGCAAACCAUUUCCUUCUGGAUCUCUAAAACUAUUUGCUUUUGCUACACAGCCAAUGACAAAAGGCUUCUCUUCCCACUGAAGUUGCACUCCACUAGGGCUGUGUCCUCCUCUGGUGCCUUCUUUAAAGGUUUGGAUACAGCUGCCAUUUUAGACACAGCUACAUGGUCAUCUGUCUACACUUUCACCAAACACUAUAAGUUGGACAUCAUUUCCUGGACCAGAGCAGGAUUUGCCAGGGGCAUUCUUCAUGGCUUUGUGGAAAAUGUCUCUGCUACUCCUCCACCCAGUUCUUAAUAGCAUGAGCUUUUGCACUCUCCCUGAUGUUAUGGAUACAAGCAGCAUAUGAAUAGAAGGACAUAGUAUAGUUGUGUAAAAUCUUACCAUAACUUUAGAUGUCCUUCUCUUCUACAUGUUGCUGUAUAGUUUCCCACCCUGCCUUCCCCCUGACACUUGCCUGACUCCUGAGUACCCACUCCAUAAUCGCUGUUUUCCGGCGGCAUUCAGUUCUGAGGUAGGUGCAUGCUGACAUCCGCUUUACACCCAAUGUCUGUUUAUGGUCGACAUACACUGAGAGAUGUGGGCCAUCACAUGUACCUUCGCAGUAGCAAGUAUCUUUUGUAAAAUGGCCGGAUGUACAAGUCGACCAGAGGCAGACUCCCUCAUCUUAUGGAUAUAGCAGCAUAUAGAAAAGGACAUCUAAAGUUAUAAGAUUUUACACAGCUAUAUCUUUCUUCUAAGUUCUGAAGGAACAGGCACUUUCUUGUACCAUUGAUUUGGUAUUAAACAUUGUAAUGAGCUUUAGAAAGUAAACCUGUAUCCCAUUCCACCAAACUUCUGCUAGGUGCAAAUGCAGUUAGUUUUAUUCUGUAAUGUGAUUCAUGGGGGGGGGGGGUUCAUGGUAUUCACUGCUGUUCAAAUUAGUACAGAAGCAUGUGGUAGUGCAUAUAUUGAUAGUAGUAUCUAAGAAUGGAAAUGGAGCAUAGGUUCAUAGGUUAGUACUAGGCCAACUGCCCUCUUGGGCCAUUUCAAGCCUAGCCAAUUACCCCAUGUGAGAAUCAAAACUCAGUUCAUCUUAAUAUGUACUAAAAACCAGAUUGAAAACAUUUUGUAUGAUCCGCAUCUGAUUUUCUUGCUCUUUAAUAGCGUUUAAUAUUAGAAAAACAUCCAGCAUGUGUACAGAAAAAGUGGCAAUGUUCAGACCAGUAUAAUGUGCACAUAACUAUUUUGUUUGUGUAGCAAAAUAAAUGCAUGCAAUAGAUGAAAAUAUGUAGGAAGGGAUGAAGCUGGUAUGAAUUUAAGUUUUCCGUUUGGUCUUCAUUGGUGCAUUAUUAAAUUCUAUUUGAGUUCAAUUUGUCUGGAACUGGCCUAUUAAAAAAAACUGCCUUGAAGAAAAAA